AUGCCUAACGAUAUUCGGUCAAUUCAAAUGCUGAUAGCCAAUGAUAAAAUAUUUCAAUGUGCUCAAUCAACUUGUUUACCAUUUUAUAACUUCGUAACAUCAGACAUUCGUCGUUGCCAAAUAAAUUGUUUAAAUCAAGAUGAAUGUGUGGCAGCUACUUUUUAUCAAUCCAAUUUACAAUGUCAAUUAUUUAAUACUUCAAUCAAACAAAAUACAAACAUGUCAUUUGAAAUGAAUGCUGUGACAAUGAUCACAGUUUUCAGAACACGAUAUCCCUAUGAUCUGAUAACGUUUUCAGCAACAUCGACAUCAUCAACAUCGUCAUCAUCAACAUCAUCGUCAACAUCAACAGCAGCACCAAGCAGUUAG